CAGUUCGACGACGUGAAGGACGCCGACAUCGUGGCGCUCAUCCGCGGCUGUCCAAACCUCACGGUACUGUACUGUAGCCAUGAUACCGGGGCCGACAUGGAGGAACAGUCGCCUCACGUCGCUGUCGCUCGGGCAGUUCGACGACGUGAAGGACGCCGACAUCGUGGCGCUCAUCCGCGGCUGUCCGAACCUCACGGAGCUGACGGUGACGGGCACGCGGCAGCUGACGCGCCGCCUGCCGGCGCGGGCGGCGGCCGCGCGGCGCGCCGCGGCGCCCGGCCGCGUGCUGCAGCUCGACCUCAGCUUCACCAAUCUCUCGAGCAGCCUUUGUGUGGAAGAUACCGAUGCCGAUGGACCAUAUCCUGAGGUUUUGAGAAAGAAGUAUGAGGGCUUGGAUAUAACAUUUUUCUAAAAUAAGUACAUAUGUUAUUUUAAGCAAAGAAAAUACUUUAUGCCAAUAAAAACUAAUAAUUGUUGAUCUUU